ACACUGGAUCUUUAAAACCCACAAUUGAAUGUUUUAUUAAAUACAAUAAUAUCAAUUGAACCUUUUUUAUUGAGAUGACGUGUGGUUGUCGUGCAGCCUUAAAUCAGAGGUAUAAAUAAAUAAUAGAUGUAAAUAUUGAUCAUGAUUGGUUGAACAGGAGGUUUUUCAUGUGGAUGCAAAAGUGCAGUGUUGUUGUUAUGGAUGAGGCCCGUAUCCGUUGCUAUGUUGGGGAGGAGGGGGGGACCCGGUGAUGUCAAAGAUGAUGUCAAAAUAAAAUAAGGAAGCCUGCACGUACAUAAUCUGCUGCAGGAGGCAGCGUUAAAGCAAAAAAAACAAACAAAAAAACGUUUGUUUUAAUUGUGCGGGUGCGUUCACGGUCAGUGUGUCUCUGCUCCACUGAUCGAGCUCCUCUCUGCCCCACAGAGUCUGAUCGUCACUCAGAGAUCCCCCCCCACCACCACCACCACCAUCACCACCACCACCCACCGCCCGCUACAUGCGAAACAUCUCUCCAGGUCCAGCCGCUGCCGCUGCCGCUGCUCUCCAGGACCCCGCCGCUUUAGAUUUCAUCUUCCUACGCGGAUUACGCACGACGCACGGGGAUCGAGAUCCAAACGCCAGGACUCACUCAGUCACUCACCUCCGCGGGUUCAGUCCACAGUGAAACCAGGCUGCUGGGAUUUCCUCCACCUCUCAUUUCAUAUUUGACAGAUUUUUUUUUUCUCUUCUCAGUGUGUUUGAGUAAGUGUGUGUGUGCUUGCGUGCGUGUGUAUGUGUGUGUGUGUUGGGUGGAGUCAACCCGGAAUCCUCCAAAUUGGAAAUCCAUUGGCACAUUUCAGGAGCAUCAUGAAGGACGGCAUCGCCAACAACAGCACGGCCAGCAUCUCCCAGGCCAGGAAAGCUGUGGAGCAGCUGAAGAUGGAGGCCUGCAUGGACAGGAUAAAGGUGUCCAAAGCCGCCGCUGACCUGAUGGCGUAUUGUGACGCACACAUACGCGAGGACCCCCUCAUUGUGCCCGUCCCCGCCUCAGAGAAUCCGUUCCGGGAGAAGAAGUUCUUCUGCACCAUCCUCUGAUGACCUGCGAGAGGCUGCACAGGUGCAGGCAUGGCGUUGCCUGGCUUCCCUGUCUUCACCACACCUGAAGCUACAUGGCCAUAGGCGUUGAGUUGAGUUUUGCCCGGUGGACACUGUUGUUGGUCAGCUCUGUCCUGGUGGCUGAGGGGUUUUGGGGGAGUCGGCUAGCAAACUGGCAACCCAGUGAGCGUAUCAUGUCUUGUUAAAUAGGUUUGUUAUUGCUUUGUUAUUAGAGAACAGCCUUGCUCAGUGCUUAAUGAGAUGAGAGAUCUUUUCCUUUUCUCUUUUUUUUCUUUCAUUGUGCUAAAUUUUAACAUGCCUCAGGAGACAGUCAUUUGCCCAGUGUCGACUUCUUUUUGAACAUUAAUUCCCUUUCUCUUUACCCGAGUAGAAAACAUACAUCUUUUUUUAUUGUCUCGAACAUUUGAGCUAAAAGUACGGCUGGAAUUUGACACCUUCCCCCAUUAGUGGUUUCUGUUUCAAUUUGCCUCCAGUCACCGACAAUUAACCUGCUCAUUUUAGCGCCGCAGCACAGCAUUAGAAACCUUAUCUCGUUGUCAUUGUUUCGUUUGUGCAGACUGCACUCGUAGUAAGUAGGCGGCGGCUGCUGCAAAUAAAUAAAUUGACUCUCUGCUUAUUGAAAGGUGCAGAGCUAAUGUUUCAGCGGCGAGAUGAUUUCUUCAGGGUUAUCGCUGUGCAAACAGCCCGUAAGUCAAAAAUUAUUUAUGAAUCUGCUGCCUCCCUCGCUGGCCUGCUCUCGUGCGUUCUACCUUUACUGCUCACUCUGAUUUACUCUUCAUACACUUCAGCCACUUCACGUCAGAGACGCUAUCCGUUCAUUUCCUUUUACAAAGCUGUGGAAUAACCGUUCCUGUUUCUUUUUUUUCUUUUAACAGCCUUGUUUGGUCGCUGGGCAUGUUUCCUGAGCGUGAUUCUUUUCUGCCUGUCCUAGAGUGAAUGGCACGGCCUUUGACAUUAAUGCCAAAGUAGAGGCCUGCAUGUUUCUCUGCUCCUUUCUGACAGCCUCCUCCUCUGUUUCCCAGAGACUGUCAGUCCUUUAGGGUGUACAGUAUGUUACAGUGCCAAUGUCUGUGCGAGCAGCGUGAUCUUCACACUGUGGUCGUGCAGAUUUAUUUAUUUUUAUUUUAUUUAUUUUUCUCAUUCUGUUUUUGUUUGUUUUGGACGAAAAAGCACACUGUCGAGACAUUUCCUUUACAUGGUAGUUGAAUAGCAUUUGCUGAUUUUUAUGAUGAAUUGUUAAUGAUCGUUAUUAAUAUUGUUAUUAUCAGUAGUAUUAUUGAAUAUUUGUUGCAUAGCACUGAGAGCUACAUGAUGUGUAGUGCUAAGCUUGUAUGAUACUUACUAAAAAAAACAACAUUUAUAAAUCAUGCAAUUAUUGAUACUAUUUGAGUAUUUUUUAAAAAUAAUGGUAAGGGUCGGUUUACAUAAUAUGACCCCGUUUGGUGGUUCUGGCUUCUUCUUCUUUUUGCAUUAUCGUUUCUGUAAAAUUUAAUGAAAUUUCCUCUUGGUACUUGAAUAUACUUUGCAUUAGGAAUCCAAAUCUGGAGAAGAUGCUGGACAAACUCUAAAAACUAUUGCAGCCAAAUUUCUUUUAGGACAGUUUAUUUCCUAUUUGAAAACCUGAGCGUGACCUCAGGACAAUCUCGCUGACCUCAUCUUAAGGAUGGUGCCAAAUCUGAAACAAGAAAACAUAACGGCUACAGAUGAAUAUUGCAUGGAUUUAUUUCUACGUAUAGCAGAGAGAACUAUUAUGAAAAGAAACAUUGCCUCUUUCGUUGACGUUUGGGUGCUUCUCUGCACAGAAUAAUCUCACUGGAGUCCCGAUAUGUCGACAAUGUGCAGCUGUGUUCAUGAAUGGUAUUAUUGUUUUGGGAAACAAUAGCAUUUAAAUAGCAGGCUUUGUAAAUCCUUUGAUGAAUCAAAUGAAUUAAAGGAAAAGGGCAACCCA